AUGAAUAAAAUAGAAUAACACACACACCCUGAGAUUAUUCAAGUUUUAGUUGGGAACAAAUGUGAUUUAUCAAGAGAAGUUCAAAUAGAAGAAGCUGAGUCUUUUAUGAAUAAUAAUAAAUUUAGUUUAUUUUUUGAAACAUCUGCAAAAACUGGAGAAAAUGUAGAGGAAGUAUAAAUAACCAUAUUGUUUCUUUAGGCAUUUAUAUAAUCAGCUAAGUUAGUGCUAUUAAAGUAUUUUAGUAGUGAAUCAUUUAGAUAAGCUACAAGAGUAAAUAAAAAGUCAGCUGAUCCCAUUAAUAUAAUUAAAUCAUUUUCUGAAACCUAAUCAUUUGAAGGGCAGUCUCCAAAUAUAUAGAAAAAUUAAAAUUAAUCAAGUUGUUGUUGA